UUCUGAGACUCACUUCUAGAACGAACGUAGCUAUCAGUGACAACAAACCAGUCGACAAAUUAACCUAAUAUAACCUAGCACAAUGACUUCUUACGAAAGCAAAGGACCCAAACCCGAAACCGGAAACUUCAUCGCAUUUGAUCAUAUCAAAGUCUGGUGUGGUAAUGCCAAACAAGCAGCAGGAUACUACUGUUCUCGCUUCGGCUUUGAACCUAUUGCCUACCGAGGUCUGGAGACUGGAAACCGUGAUGUAUGCUCGCAUGUAGUCCGUUCGGACAAGGUUACAUUCGUAUUCCAGACACCUUUGGCACCCAACCAGGAAAUGAGCGAUCAUCAAUACUUGCACGGAGAUGCUGUCAAGGAUGUCGCGUUCCUUGUUGAGGAUGCAGUUGGAAUCUUCGAGAAAGCCAAAUCUCGCGGAGCAAAGAUUGUACGUGAGCCAUGGGAAGAGUCUGAUGAGUUCGGUACCGUGACAAUGGCAACCAUUCAAACCUACGGCGACACAGUGCACACAUUCGUUGACAGAUCGAAGUACAACCCACCUGCGGGCCAUUUCCUGCCUGGGUACAACACGCUAAAGCCUGAUCCCAUCAACAAGCUACUACCUCCCGUCAGCCUUACUCACAUCGACCAUUGCGUUGGAAAUAUGCCUGACCAGGGCAUGGUUCCCGUUUGUGAAUGGUACGAAAAUAUUCUGGAAUUCCAUCGCUUCUGGUCUGUCGAUGAUAGUCAAAUGCACACCGAAUUCAGUGCGCUACGGUCUAUUGUGAUGGCUAGUUACAGUGAAACUGUGAAGAUGCCCAUCAACGAACCCGCUAACGGAAAGAAGAAGAGUCAGAUCCAAGAGUAUGUAGAAUUCAAUAGCGGAGCCGGUGUGCAGCACAUUGCUUUGCGCACAAACGAUAUCUGCGGCGAUGUACAACGUCUGCGCGACCGUGGAGUUGAGUUCCUGAGCAUUCCCUCUGCUUAUUACAAAAACUUGAGGGCUCGUUUGGAAAUGACCAACCUCAAAGUGCAAGAGGAUAUGGAUAUUGUGGAGAAGUUGCAGCUGCUGAUUGACUUCGACGAGAAUGGCUACCUGCUGCAGAUCUUUACCAAACCUGUAGAAGAUCGCCCCACUUUGUUCAUUGAGAUCCUACAGCGUCACAAUUUCGAAGGUUUCGGAGCCGGAAACUUCAAAGCUUUGUUCGAGUCUAUCGAGAUUGAACAGGGUCGCCGAGGAAAUCUCUAGAUGAUAGUAGUCUCUUGCUAUUUUGCUUCGUUGCAACUAUUUGUGACAUGUGCAGAGUGGUAUGCGAUACAUCAUGUAAAGUAUGUACGUGAAAUCCCAUUUGAUUUCCGUGCACUAAGUACCGGGCCCGCCGUCUUUGACGGCACAUGAACGACGACUGGACGUUUAGGUUGUGAGGGUAUAGGUCUGAAAUGAUUGGAUAAUUGUACAUAUGUAUAUGCAUAUCGUAUAUAUAUGGCACUUGUUGUUAUUCAUUGUUCAGACCAAACGUACCCCGCACCCGCGUCUACUUUAGUGUAUUGUGCAUUAUAUUCUGAGAUGUGUUAUGUACACGACGUAAUACUUCUAAAUACUUACUCGUGUUCUGAUAUGACGAGGAAUAUAUUCACCACAUAUACCCGCCAGAUCUAUGGAUCUAGCGCUUAGAUGUACGCAUCUAACGAGAACAAAGCAGAGUCGUUAGUUUCAUCCAAAUAAAGUUCUCACUUUACCAUA